AUGAAGAAGAAGACAUUGCUGAACUACAAGAGAAGCAAGGAGAGGGCAGAUAGUUGGUCAGUGCUGCUGGCCUCUGCUACCACCAGUGGUGGAGGUAGAGCACCCACGCUGCCCAUGCUGCCCACGCUGUGUGCUAAACAUGAAUCUGUGAGAUUAGGACUUGUAAACCCUCAGUACAUCAUCCCAAAAGUCAAAAGUUACAGCCAGGCCAAAAGACACAUCCAGAUCCAGGCUGGCCCGUGUUGUUCUAACAGAUGCCAGUGGAAUGAGGGGGUGAAGCCUGAUGCUGCACAUGUCAUGACCCGUAACAUGGCAGACAAUGGUGGAAAGCAGCUCAGCCAUGCCCUUGACUGCACCUCACUUCUAGGGGGCGACAGGGUCUGUCUCACACUUCGAGUCUAUUUGUAUAACACCAGUGAGCCAGGCCUAGGGGAGGAACCAGAUGAGGAGUCAUACGCCAUUGACCAUAGCCAUCUCUUCCAGGCAGAAAGAUGGAAAAAUGCCCUGGGAAUUGAGGCGUAUGGGGACCAAGAUGCAGAAGAUGAGAGUAAUGAUAGCCCCGCAGCAGCCAGGUGCGUGCUGAAAGCCACACCCGCCCCCCCCGGCCCUGCGCAGGGGUCUCCUAGCGACGUCACAAAACCCCAGGGAGAACGUGCGGUUCGCAGGGUGCAUCCCUCCUGGGGAGGGCACCAGGCUGUCGCGGUCACCCCGCAGCCUGCCUCCCCCGGGCCCUGGACUUGGAGUGCCCCGGAGGUCCAGUGGAGAGAGCUGCGGACGGGAUGCCCACCUACCCCGGGUCACUACCCUGCAGGUCGCCGAGCCUUCGGAUUUCCGACCGUAGCAGCCCGGCCUUCCUCACACCUGGGCGGGGACUGCAGGCGCCGGGGGAAGCCGGGCCGGAGGGCGGGCUCGGGGCGGAGCCUGGAGGACGAAGGCGGGGCCAGAGAGGCCCGGAGGUGGGGUCAGGCUCCCGGGGGCGGGGCCGGGGCGCGGCGCACUCGGCCUUCGGGCCGCGCCCAGGCGGACGGGAGGCAGCGGCCGCAGCUCGGGCCUGCGGCGCGGGGAUUGGCUGCAGCGGGCGGAGACGUCAGGCUCCCGGGGCCCCAACGGCCGCUCAGCGCGGCGCGGCGCAGUCGGCUCGAGUGGCCCCGUAGCGAGGAGCUUGCCUCAGCCGUGUCCCCCUCCGCCGCCGCCGGGCUGCGCCGCUAUUGCCCGGACGCAUCGCCUAGCUUCUCGCCGCGCUCAGCCCCGCGGCCUCCGCUCCCCUCGCCGUCCGCACCCGCAACAUGACGAAGACCGAGAAGAAGUCUUUCCACCAGAGCGUGGCCGAGUGGAAGCUCUUCAUCUACAACCCGACCAGCGGAGAGUUCCUGGGGCGCACCGCCAAGAGCUGGGGUGAGCGGGCGGCGGCGGGCGGGCGGGACA